AUGAGCAAAUUGACGCAGGUGUUUCUCAUAGGGGGUCUUGUGAGGUUCCUACUACCUUCACUUGUCCCGUCUAUUGUCCCAGUGCUAGGCUCUAUUGUUGAGAUCACGACACCAAUUACAUCGUUCAAAGCACUACAAGAAGCAUUUUUCUUCCUUAAUAGCAGUAUCGAUUUGUAUGAUGGAGGUGUUAACCACCAUCCACCAUUGCUUGUUACUGUGCUAUCUUUGGUCGACGCAUUUCCUAUCUCAAACGUAUGGUUCCAUAUCAUAUACUCCUUAACUGAUUUGUCGAUUGCGUGGCAAUUAGUUCAAAUCAACAAGUGGUACCAGCUAUACACUUCAAAAAGAACCGGAAAAAAAAUAACGGGUUUCAAUGAUGACUUAAUUGCAAGUUUCUACUUGUUCAACCCCUUGAUCUUAUUGCUGAAUCUAAGUCAUUCAACAAUUGUAUUCACCUGGUUAUUCGUUGUGUCCACCAUAUAUCAAAUCACGGUAAAGAAACAACCGGCGCGUGCAAUGAUUCUACUCGCAAUUGCCUCAUAUCUCUCACUCAACAGCUUUUACUUGCUCCCUGCUGUGCUUGGCCUCAUACACGUCACAUCGCGAACGCAGCAUACGCUUGGACAGAUUUAUGUUUUCAAUAUUGGGAUAUACAUCUGCACCAUUGCGCUUCUUAUACUAAUUUCAUUUGCAUCUACAGCAUCAUGGCAGUUUAUUGACAACUGCUAUUUAAGCGUUAUAUUGUUCAAGAAGAUUACUCCAAAUGUUGGGUUAUGGUGGUAUUUGUUCACAGAGAUGUUUGAGUUUUUCACUCCAUUUUAUAUCGGCAUGUUCAACAUCUACUCGUUUGUAUUUGUUGUUCCUAUAGCUUUGAGGUUGUUUGAGUAUGCAAAGACACCCAAAUUGGGUGACUCCUUUGCAGUUGUGGUGUUGACCUUGUUGUGGAUCAGCUUUACAAAAUCAUAUCCUACAAUUGGUGAGUUGGGCUUUGCAUUGUCCUUUGCUACAAUCUUGAGAGGAUCAAUUAUUCCUCAUUGCAAAAUGAUCUAUAUUACAGGUAUGACUUUGGUUGUCUCUCUCAUAUUGUCGCCGAUUUUCUACUAUUGUUGGAUCGUUCUUGGUAAUGGUAACUCGAACUUCUUCUAUAGUAUCAACUUAAUCUGGGGAGGUGUGCAUAUUAUGUCUAUAAUGGAUUUACUUUGGGCCCAACUCAUUGGCGAUUACUUUGUUGAGAACAAUGUUUCCGAUGAUGAAAAGGCUAAAUUGCAACUUGCGCAGCUAUAG